AUGGGUGCAUGCGAUGAUGGCCAGUUUGGGCCUAUCGUCCAUACAUAUUGUCGCGGGGGAUUCGACUUCACUGUAAUGUUCGAGUCAGGUAUCCUGAGCAUCCUUCCUGCCGCGUGUUUCCUCCUCCUGGCAUCUCUUCGUCUGCUCCACUUGUUCAGACAGCGAAGGAAGGUGCUGUCUUCCACAUUUCGAGUGUUGACCCUGAGUGUCUCCGUGACUUUUGCAGCGAUUCAAGUUGCAAUAAUUGUGCUUGUUACAAGACAGCACCCUGUAGGGAGAACACUGCUUGCAAGUGCCGUUCUCGACCUAUUAGCGGCACUGGGUGUGAUACUCCUUCUUGACCUAGAGCACGUCCGGUCAAUUCGACCAUCCUUCUUGGUCUCUGUAUAUUUGUUUAUCACGCUGCUCCUGGAUCCUGCGCGUGUGCGCACAGCCUGGUUGCUACCGGAUAAUGAAGCCUACUCUGCUCUUCUGUCUACAUCUUUGGCCGCUAAGCUAGUUCUAUUGGUGCUAGCUAGUGUUGAGAAAAAGAAAUGGCUUCUAUCGACCGAGAAAUAUCACUCCACCGAAAGUGUGAGCGGUCCUUUCACUCGCGGCUUAUUCACCUGGCUCAACGGGCUGCUGUGGAGAGGCCGCUCUGAAUCACUGGCUGGGGGUGACCUCCCCGCAGUCCACGAGAAGCUUUUGUCUUCAGAAUUAUCUGCUCGAUUCGCGGAGACAUGGGCUCACUCCGAUCAAACUGGAAAAAAUGCGUUACUUUGGGCGGUGAUCAAGUGUCUGCGCUGGGAAAUUGCAACAAUCGCCUUCCCGCGGCUUUGCGUUGUGGGAUUCAGUAUUGCGCAGCCAUUUCUCAUUGGAAAAGUAGUCAGUGUCUUACAGAGGACUGACUCUUUCUCAAUUGACAUCAGCUAUGGCUUAAUUGGAGCCACAGCAAUUGUCUUUACUGGGAUUGCGGUUGCAAGGGCUUCCUAUGAGCACCUAGGAUAUCGUACUACGACGAUGAUCCGAGGAGGUUUGAUGAGCAUCGUCUUCCAGCAUAUGAUGGAUCUGCCAUUGGGGAGCACAGACGAAUCUAGUGCUAUGUCCCUUAUGGGCUCUGACAUAGAGAUGCUCGCCGAGUAUUUUUAUUCAGUCGUCUGUGAAACUUGGGCAAAUAUAAUUCAGUUAGCACUGGCUACGUGGCUGUUAGAGACCCAGGUCGGCGUCGUCUGCAUUGCUCCCAUUGUGGUAGUAAUAGUAUUUACGGGUGCCUCCUUUGCUAUGGGGUCUACUGUUUCCACUCGCCAAAAAGAGUGGCUUCAGGCCACCGAGAAGCGGAUUAACUUCACGUCGUCUAUCCUAGGGUCUAUCCGCAACGUCAAAUUUCUCGGCUUAACCGAGAUAAUGAGCUCCAAGAUCGAAGCAUUACGCACAGAAGAGCUUGAAAUUUCCAAGAAGUUCCGCCGGAUCCAGUCAAUUCGUGUCUGCAUGGUAAACUCUCCCAUAAUCGUUGGCCAAUUUGCGACGCUGGCUGCCUAUGCGAUAGUAGCCUUGGUGCAGGAUUCUGGACCCCUUGCUGUCAACCAAGCCAUUACCUCAUUGUCGCUUAUUAGUUUGAUGAUUACACCACUGAGCUACCUUUUGCUUGCGAUUCCGGACACAUUCGCUUCUAUAGGUUGUCUACAUAGGAUACAGGACUUUCUUAAAAACCAGAAUCGCCUUGAGAAAAGAAAGCUUCCCCAGCCUUUGUCAACUCACUCCACAUCAUCUAACAGCAUCUCUGGUAUUGAAUUGACCCCACUCACACAGGCUUCACACAGCGAGAAAGGUGUGGUCCUAUCUUUAAAGAAUGUCAAAUUUGGCUGGAAAUCCACUCCUGCACCAGAGACAAGUGGUAUCACUCUUAUGCUGGAGAAUGCCCCUUCUGGCAAACUUAUCAUCCUUGUCGGCCCAGUCGGCUGCGGUAAGUCCACCUUCCUCAAGGGCCUGGCAGGAGAGACGCCCGUGUUAGAAGGGGAGCUUUUCGUGAAAUACCCAAACUUGGCCUUCUGUGAUGACACACCGUGGCUAUCCAAUUCUUCAAUUCGGAGCAAUAUUGUUGGCGAAGACACGUCGGCUGUCUUUGAUCCUGACUGGUACCGGACCGUUGUGAACGCAUGUGCGCUGGAAUCAGAUAUUAAGAAGAUGCCGGCCGGUGAUGAAACACUCGUUGGCAGUAAGGGCUCAAAGCUCAGUGGAGGACAGAGACAAAGAAUCGCUAUCGCGCGAGCGGUAUAUGCUCGCAGACAGAUCGCUUGUUUUGACGACGUUCUAAGCGGCCUGGACAAUUCCACCGCCCGAACUGUAUUUAACAAUGUCUUUGGCCCGGCGGGUCUGCUGCGGCGGCUAGGCUGUACUGUAUUCUUGGCUACUCACAGCACCCAUCAUUUGCCCCAGGCUGAUUUGAUCAUGGUUCUUGGGGACGAUGGCCAAGUGGCCAAGCAAGGCAGUUAUGCGCAACUUCGAGACAACAUUGACGGCUUCGUUCAGAUGAAUGAUACUCAAUCCACACCCGCAGAGGAGGUGAAAGGAAGCGACAAGCACACAGAUGUGCUAGCGGAUCUUCCAACUCCUACCCAAGACACCUCCAGUGUUUCUUUCAAAAAUGGCAGUCGAAAGACGACUGACCUGGCUGUAUACAAGUAUUACUUUUCUGCGUUGGGUUGGUCACGAAUCGCGGCGUUGAUUCUCUUCAUUGUUACUGACGCCGGUAUGAGCGGAUUCCGCUAUGUAUGGGUCGACCUUUGGUCUUCGAGCAGUGACAGUAGUUCACGCCUAGGUUAUUGGCUUGGACUGUAUGGAGCGUUCUCUGUUCUCCAAGCUCUUGGACUUGUACUUGCCGUUUUCUGGACAUGGGUAAUUAUUGUCCCAUUCGCCUCCAAGAACCUUCAUUCAACCGUGCUACGCACUUGCAUGGGCGCCCCGUUAUCCAUUUUGUCAAAUCUAGAGACUGGAGCUCUCGUGACACGUUUCAGUCAGGACAUGAGACUAGUUGACAUGGUCCUGCCUCGAGGUUUUAUAUCUACAGGGUUCCAGUUUUUCAGUGCUAUUGCCCAAGGCGCCAUUACUAUUGCAUCGUUGCCAUACCUGGCAGCGGCCUUGCCCCCUCUAUUUGGAGUGCUGUAUCUGAUCCAAAGGUUCUAUCUUCAGACGUCUCGUCAGCUGCGGCUACUAGAGAUCGAGCUCAAGAGCCCUCUUUACACCCACUUUAUCGAGUCCCUGGCAGGUAUCACCACGAUUCGCGCGUUUUCCUGGACCCACGCAACGACCAACCGAAUGCUUUCUAUGCUGGACACUGCCCAGCGACCCUACUAUCUUCUCCUAUGUAUUCAACGCUGGCUGAGUCUCGUACUGAGUCUUAUCGUGGCCGGUAUAGCAGUGCUUCUUGUCGGACUAUCUGUCGCCCUUCGCUCUCACUUAGACCCUGGUCUUCUGGGAAUUGCUCUUGUCGUGAUGAUGGAUCUAGGACUCAUACUAUCAGAGCUGAUUCAGGCCUGGACAUUGCUUGAGACGUCACUGGGAGCCAUUGCACGCAUCAAAGACUUCUCUGAGGAGACUCCCCGUGAAGAGAGUAACUUUACUAUUCAGACUCAUGAUGGACCCUCGGAAUGGCCGACGAGCGGUGAGAUCAAAAUCAUUGAUGCAGGAAUUGCUUGGAGUCCUGGUGAUACAGAGCCUUUGCUCAAUGGCAUCAAUCUUCGAAUCGGGGCUGGACAGAAGUUUGGCUUAUGUGGCAGAAGCGGAAGUGGCAAAAGUACCCUGGCACUAUCCCUCCUCCGUCUCAACGAGAUUGUAUCCGGCCAAAUCAUCAUCGAUGGACAAGAUAUCUCCUUGAUGACCCGAUCAUAUUUGCGACAGGGUAUUAGCUGUCUUAGUCAAGAACCCUUCCAUUUCCCUGGUACCAUCAGGGAAAAUGCUGAUCCGUUGGGCAAAGUCUCGAGCUCGCAGAUUGUUGAUGCUCUGAAAUCUGUUGGAGUUUGGAGCAUUCUUACAUCAAGUCACAGAGGCACCGACGAAGAAGUGCUAGAUUCAACACUGGACGACAACAUCCUAUCACAGGGUCAGAAGCAGCUGUUCUGUCUAGCCAGGGCUCUGCUGAAGAGAAGCAAGAUCCUAAUAUUAGAUGAGCCAACGAGCAGCCUGGAUUCGGAAACAGACGCUAAGGUGCAGAAUGUUAUACGGGAGUCGUUCCGUGGCUGCACCAUAAUCAUGGUGGCGCAUAGAAUUCACACAUUGCUUGACUUCGAUCAGGUUGCUGUUUUAAACAGUGGUCAAAUUAUAGAGGUCGGAGAUCCUCGUGAUCUACUUGAUGAGCCUAAUGGGGAAUUCUCGAAGCUGUUGAGCCUUGAGUCGUGA